GCUGGUGGCCGCGGCGCAGUCACACGCAGUGAAAGGCAUGAGAAAGUGAGCAAGGCUUCAUGUAGGGGACGUCAAAAAGGACCGAGAAGUGUUUUAUUGUUCUUAAAGAGUGGCACACCAAAGAUUUACACGACACUCUGCCAAAAUGCUCUGCCACGUUACUCGUCCGGAUUCGGUGGUGAUGGAAGUGGAAGUUGAUGCGAAGGCGAACGGUGAAGACUGUCUAAAUAAGGUUUGCAGGCGGCUGGGCAUCAUUGAGGUGGACUACUUUGGGCUGCAGUUCACGGGCGGCAAAGGGGAGAACCUGUGGCUGAACCUGAGGAACCGCAUCUGCCAGCAGAUGGAUAACGUGGCGCCGUGUCGACUGAGGCUGCGGGUCAAGUUCUUUGUGGAGCCGCAUCUUAUUCUGCAGGAACAGACCAGACACGUCUUCUUCAUGCACGUGAAGGAGGACCUCCACCACGGUCACCUGCGGAUGGGCUCCGAGCAGGCGGAGGAGCUGAGCGCGCUGCUGGCCCAGGCCGAGUUCGGCGACUACAACCAGAACACGGCCCAGUACUGGUACUCGGAGCUGUGUGGAGAGGAGCCCAGCACCGCCACCAUCAACAGCAUCAUAUCCAGGCACAAGGCUCUGGAAGGUGUGAGUCAGGGCUCGGUGGAGUAUCAGGCCCUGCAGCUGAUCUCCUCCCUGGAGCAUUACGGCGUUGAGUGGCACUGGGCCCGCGACGCCGGCGCUCAGCGCAUGGCCAUAGGGGUGGGCCCCGAGGGCAUCGCCGUGUGCAGGGAGGACUUCAGCCUAGUCAACAGAAUAAGCUAUCCCCUCAUCCAGAUUGCCACCCAGUCUGGGAAGAGCGUGUACCUGACCGUUACCAAGGACACCAACGACACCGUGGUUCUCUUGUUCAAGCUGAUCAGCAACCGGGCAGCCAGCGGGCUGUACCGAGCCAUCACCGAGACGCACGCCUUCUACAGGUGUGACACCGUCACCAACGCAGUAAUGAUGCAGUACAGUCGGGACUUCAAAGGUCACCUGGCCUCGCUGUUCCUCAACGAAAACAUCAACCUGGGCAAGAAGUACGUCUUCGACAUCCGCCGCACCUCCAAGGAGGUGUACGACCACGCCCGCCGCGCGCUCUACAACUCCGGCGUGGUGGACCUGGUGUCGCGCUCCCCCUCCGGCGGCGGCACCGUGCACUCCUCCCCCUCGCACUCCCCCACCAGAGGCACCCGGCGGGACGGGGGCCCGGACUGCGGCGGCUGCGAGCAGAGCCGGGCCCUGCAGGAGCGGCUGCGCGAGGCUCUGCUGUGCAUGCUGUGCUGCGAGGAGGAGAUCGACGCCGCCUUCUGCCCCUGCGGCCACAUGGUGUGCUGUCAGACCUGCGCCAACCAGCUCCAGCUGUGUCCUGUGUGUCGGUCGGAGGUGGAGCAUGUGCAGCACGUCUACCUGCCCACGUGCACCAGCCUGCUGAACCUGACGCUGACCGACAACCACCAGCACCGCAGCAGCGCGCCGGCGCCCAUCCGCAGAGACACAGCGUCGCCCGACACCUGCUCCACCACAGAGUACGAGCACAAGAUCUACCAGACUUAAAGGCGACUCCAGUGAAACCCCAAAACUCCCAGUUUAUGGUUUAAUGAAGGAGGAACGUCUUUCAUCGGUCUCCAUGAACUAUCGAAACCUGCAGGAACUCCUGAGCAUAAGCAAAGACAGACUCAUUCAAACCACUCCCUCACCUGCUGUUGUUAUUUUCCAUUGCACCACUGGUAUUAUUUUUUUUAACACUAUUUCCCAUUACAUCGUGAUUUUAGAUGAGACUUUUUUGUCCCUAAUUAAAUUAUUGCAUCAGUUGAUCUGACGCAUAUUAAAUCAUUUUUAUUAGAUUUUUGCUUUUGCAUCUAUUUUAUUAUUUAACUCUCGUUUGCUUCAUAUCAGACUCCCAGAAGUCCCAGAACUGUACAGUGGGCUGUGUCUUAGAAAAGGUAACGGCUAAUUAUUUUACGUUUUUGUUUGUUUUAAUGCUUCCUGACAUUUUGAAAUGUAUAAUUGUUUAAUCCGAGGGUCGAACGUUUCGGUUUUAAAUAUUUUAUUUCUGGCGUUCCGCGCUUUCACUGCCAAUGAGACGCGUUUAGCGGCUAAGCAGCACUGCUCCGGGCCCAGCGCUGCAUACUAAUGCCACACAGCAGGUAGUAAAACCACCAUGGCCUUGUUUGUGUAAUCUCUGGGUCAGCCGGGGGUUUUGAAGAUUCUUUCAGCUCACUACAACUGUUUCUUGCGUGACACUCCCUCACUUGAAACACGUCAUUAACAGCCAGUUUGUCCAAAAAGUCUAUAUUCAGAGACUGUUGCACCUUUAACGUAUUCUAUGCCAACAGAAAGUAGAUGAGAGCAGUAAAUGCUCUUGGUAGAAACACGAUCCUAAAUAUUAGCAGGAAAAGUGUCCAGCAGCUGCUGCUUCCUCUGAAAUCCUUUCUGUAGCUACUGUAUAAAAGUCUUCUCUGGGGUGAACUAGUUAGUUCCUUUGAUAUUAAAGGGUACUAGGAGAUCCGUUUGUGCAAUACUUGCGUGCUUUUUGAAAAGCUUUCAUUUUCUUGUAUUUAAUUUUAAAGGCUAUAUUUAAACAUUGUCACUUUACCAAGGAUGUUUUCCAUGUUUCUUUAGGGGACUGGCCUUAAUGUAGCAGCAACACCUUGUUUGUAAUUUCUGCAGACAUUUUUUUUUCUGCUAAGAAAAGGAAAACUUUUAAAACGCUGACUUGAUUAAACUCAGUCACCGCAGGGGAAGGACUUUAAUUUUCACAUUUUACAAGUAGUGAUUUGUUUCUGUUUUCUGAAGCAAAGGCCACUAUGCUCUGUAAAGUAACUUAGAAUGAGAUUCUUUUUAUAUAUUCUGCUUUUAACAAAGUAUUAAUAAAGAUGUUUUUAAAAAAUGA